AUGGCACCUAAAAAUAUUGCCAUUUUCGGGGCUACUGGAAUGACUGGAUCUGUGACACUGGCACAAGAUUUGAAUGCAGGAUACAAUGUAAGUGUUCUGGUGUUUGACUCUGACCACCUCCCAUCUGGACAAAGACCGACCAAAGUCAUAGUUGGAGAUGUACUAAAUAAAAGUGAUGUUCUGAAGACACAUGAGGGACAGGAAGCUGUAGUGAUUGUUUUGGGAACUGGAAGUGACCUAGGUAAUAUCUCUGAAGGUCCUCUAUUUACAUCCAGUCUGAUUCACACUAUUCGCAAAGUGGUGGCUUGCAUGUCCUGAUUUGUGCUGUGGGAUAUAGCCAAGGUCCCGCAUUCUUUUGUGCCUUUGAAAGAGGAUCAUGUACGAAUGCACCAGGUUCUUAAGCAGGCCCGGAUUUCUGACAAGCCAUUUACUGGAGACUACACAGUGACAGUCGGAACCCGUGGUGGCAAUGUGAUAUCCACACAUGACCUUAGUCAUUUCUUCCUUCAGUGUCUGACAACAAAUGAAUAUAAUGGGAAAAAUGUCACUUUAUCCCUGGACUAUUCUACUUAUAAUACUUUUUCUGCUUGUGGGGCAAAGACCCAAAAAGCAUACAAACCGCUUCUCUCUGCUUGCAUUUUGCAGCAAAUAAGAAAGAAGCAGAACUGCUCCACCGAGCAGAUUGGAGAUUGA